ACAUAAUUCCACAAGAUUUCGUAACAAUUUGUUCAUAUUCAAUUUUGUAGCAUUCUCAAGUUGAAUCAAUGAAGGGAUAGAUCGCGGACGUGCGAAUUUGUUGUGAUGUGUGUUUAAUUGAAAAAUAGGAAUAUUAUAAAAUAGUGUUGAGUGAAAUAUAUCGCAAAAUGUCUUACGGCAAGAUUGUUAUUAUGGCUUGUGGGAGCUUUAGCCCUCCAACCUACAUGCACCUUCGAAUGUUCGAAAUCGCGCGAGAUUAUAUUCACACACUGAACUUGGGGAGUGUGGUUGGAGGUCUGGUGUGUCCUGUGCAUGAUGCUUACGGGAAGAAAGACCUGGUUCCUGCCCAUCACAGGAUAUCAAUGUUAAAACUGGCGCUGAGAUCAUCAUCAUGGAUCAAGAUAUCAGAGUGGGAGACGCAGCAGUCAGGGUGGACGAGGACCAGGGUAUCUUUGCAGUAUCAUCAGGACACAAUAAACAACUACCUAACAGGGGUCAAUGACCCGGACCCGCCAUCUUGGCUGCCAGAUGACAUACUGAACCUCAACAGUUUGGAUGAGCCGGACAACUUGAUGGAGAAGUUCAACGGUAACACGCAAGAUGGCGUCACCGUCAAGCUGUUGUGUGGAGCUGAUCUCUUGGAGUCCUUCGCCACUCCUGGACUGUGGUCUGAUGAGGAUUUGGAGACGAUAGUGGGUCGCCAUGGGCUUGUGGUGGUGACCCGGGCAGGCUGUGAUCCCGGCAAGUUUAUAUACGAGUCGGAUAUACUCUACAAACAUAGGAAAAACGUGAUCCUAGUAACGAACUACAUAGCCAACGAAGUGAGUUCGACGCAGAUACGUCGGCUGGUGAGUCGCGGCGAGAGCGCCAAGUACUUGACGGACGACGGCGUACUGGCGUACGUACGACAGCACUCGUUGUACGGCGCGCCCAGGGAACACACUGAGUAUACAAUCCUUAACGAACUAAUCGCUAGCUACGACAAACGUUCACCUCAAGACGUAAUAAUGACGUCACCAGAAGAGACGAGCUUCAAAAACAUACUCAUUUCAAUUCGAGACAAACCUUCCAUAGUCGACGAGACUAUCACAGUGAAACGGCCGCGCAAGGCGAACUUCUUAAUGCCGAACUCACAUACAGACUCCGUCAGCCCUAUAUGUGAGCCGUUAAAGCCUAAAAUGGCGUACAUAGACAAGGUCCCAUCCACGUACGUUCCAGGGAAAGCAGUCAAGAUAGUCAGCGAUGCAACCGAACAUAAGUUGGACAAGGGAGGCGGAUGCCCGUUGUAGCUGACGUGUUGCGCGCGCCGCGACGAGACGACUACGUAAUGGGCCGUCACCGUAGCAGGGACGUAGCGAGUUCGUAGCGGGAUCGUAGCGAGUUCGUAGCGGGACCGUACCGAGUUCGUAGCGAUACCGUACCGAGUUCGUAGCGGGAUCGUAGCGAGUUCGUAGCAAGUUCGUAGCGAGUUUGUAGCUGGGACGGGCGGAGCGCGCAUACCCUAUUCCUAAUUACUAUAAGUUAUCGUACUUAGUGCUUUGCGUGUCCACUAGUUGUCCUUUUACGGCAAAUGUUUGAAGUUUUUAUGUCGGAAUCUUCGAAAGAAUACAACAGACCUUUACCGAACUAUUAAUUUAAAAAUAAACACAAGUCUUGUUCUGAAGAUUCAAAUGCUUUAUGGUUUUAUAUAAUAAGAUUUGUGUUUUAAUAGUAAUUUCACCCACAAUCGCGAGUGUAAUCACAAAAGCACUAGUUUUUUAAUGUAAUUGUUAUAAUAUGUAUUUAAAAUCUUAAAAAAUAUAUAUCAUUUGGUGGAAAUGGAAUGUGAUACAAGUUGUGGCAAAAUUAAAUAUUUUUGGAGGAUGUAUACAAUGUUGUAAUAAAUAAAUAAAAUGUUAUGUUUAAUCGCUCAAUGUUGCAAGUGCAAGAAAAAUAUUCUAAAUGUUCUAAAAAGCUUGUCUUGUCGGUUUGUUUAUAAGUGAAUGUUUUUGUAUCAACUAGUGGACACUUUAUCGGUUUAGUUUGAAGCUUUUUUUAUGGAAAAUGUGCAUGAGAUAUAUAUUCUUAUAUUUUAAUAUGUUUUAGGAUUAGAGAAAAUAUGUUUUUAUUUUAUUAUUUUAAUAGCUUAUUGGUCGUUUUGAUGCCUCGCAUCUGCUUGACAAGCAUUUAUGAACUGUACCCUUAGUAUGAGUUUGCUUUACGUUUAAAGAAAUCGAAACGAGACCGCGUUCAGCACUCUGAUUGGUUGGUUCAUUCGCGGCCAAUCAGAGCGCUGAACGCGCUCUCGUUUCGUUUUCGUUCAACGUAAAGCAAACUCGUACUAAGGGUACUGUAAUUGAAUGUAAUAAAGUUUAAUUUUGCUUGUGGUUUUAUCGUGGGUCAAAUUAAAAGAGUUUUAAUGUCAUGUGCGUGUUUUCCAUGAAGCUUCAAACAGCCGUUUGCUAUAUUUCAGCAUUAAUUUAGCUUUCCUGCUGAAAGUUCUACGCUUCCAUACUUAUACAGCAUGUAAAAGAGAGAUUUGACAUUCUACGAGGCUUACAGGUUUAGAUUUUCAACUUAAAAGCUUUGGAAUAAAGUUGAAAUUUCACUGAAGAAGAUUUCUUUUUAUGAAGUGUAUGUUCAUAGUAAUGAGUACAUUGACCUUUUAAAAUGCUACGUUUUUCUUUUACAUGCUGUAUAAGAAAUUAAUCUUAAGCCUUAUAUUGAUUCUGCAGCUCUGCAAUUUUGAACUCUAUGUAGCCGUGCUUAAAGUUCUUUUUGAAAAGGAACUUUGCUUACUUUAGGUCCUUUUUACUUUAAGGUACAGACUCAAGCACAUAUAACUACCCAAGUUUAAAAAAAAAUCAAUACAUUUUGAACCUUAUUUCUCUUAGUUUGGGGAUGCUGGCUGAUACUUAACCAGCUUUGGCUAAAUCGCUGAAAAAUUAGACCUAACUCAUUUUCAACCUUAAGCUAUUGCAAUAAAGUUCAAAAUGUAUUAGAAAAUUUGACAAUGAAGGGUAGUUUUAUCUGCUAUCUAUAUUCUUAGUACGAGUUUGCUUUACGUUUAAAGUAAUCGAAACGACAGCGCGUUCGGCACUCUGAUUGGCCGGCUCGAAUGAACCAACCAAUCAGACCGCCGAACGAGUGAGUCUUGUUUCGAUUACUUUACUUUCUCUAACUCAUACUAAGGGUACUGUACCAUGAAAGUAUACUUUAAACUGCGAUAUUUGAGCACUUCCCUGCAUUGGUGUUCUCAAAACGUCGUUAGAUAUAAUUUUAGGUGUUAAUCAAUUAAAUGAAUAUGUAAUAGCUUUUUACAGAGUUGCAAAGUCUUAAUGGCUGAACACUUAAACAUUAUUUAAUUUUAAAAUGUUCUUAAAAGUUGGACUGCCUGCUCUAUCAGUCAAGACAAUUAAUAAUUAAAAAAGUACGUUUAUAUACCGACUUACAGACGCGUGAUUAACUAAAUUGUUUAAAAAUCACUCACGUAAAUUAAUGUAAAUUUUUUUGAGUCGUUUAAAAAGUUUGAGAAACCGAAUAUACUUAGCCCGUUUGGACUCCGAUAUAAGAUCCAACUAAUUUCGCGUUGCUAAACAAGAAAUUAAGGACAAUUUAAAAUUGGAUAGCGUUUCAGUGUUCGGUCUUUAGCGAGUUGUCACAUAAGGCGUCAUGUAAAGGACCAUUAACGAAAAAGAGAUUUUCAUUUUGUCGUCGGUAGAUGGCACUAGAGAGUUUUACAUUAUGUGAGGUAUCUGUCUACACCUUCAGAGAAUGAUGCCUUUUUUGAGGGGCAAAAUCCGUCUUGGGUGAGGCGAGAGAGAGUGUCAGACUCUUACUGACUAAAAACCACCCCAUUCCUACUCCUGCUGGAUAGGUUGUCCAUUGAAUGGCGCCUAAUGUGGCAACUCUUCAAACUGUAGGUACCAAUUCUAGAUGUUUUAAUAUUUGUAGAAUUAUGUCUAGCAUUUUGUAUGGUCAGUUUUUAUCUUUUAAACAUAUUUAAAUGUGUUUUUGUUUAUGAAAUCUUGCCUUAAUUUUGCAUGAAAUGCGGAUUUAUUGAUGUAGUGUCUAUUUCUUGAUAUUUUUGUUAAUUUGUUAUGAAAAUAUUUUACAAGUUUGUAAGUAGUUUAUUGUGAUCCAAAAAUCCUACAAAUUGAUUUAUUUCAAAGUUAUAUUUUGUACUUAUUAAGACAUAAUAUGUACUUUAAAGAACAACGAGAAAAUGGUUAAAAUUAUUCUUAGAUUGUAUUUUAUAUCUAUUUUCAUUUGAUGAUAAUAUGAAUACUCGUAUGUAAGGCUUGUAGUGGUUGACAGUUUACAUACAUACAUAAAUAACCACACACCUGUCUCCCAUGGGGGUAGGCAGAGACUAUGUAACGCCAAUUGCUACAAAUCUUACAUACUUCUUAUUUAAUUUUGCAUUUAAUACUUUAGGUUCCAAGGCUUUUUAUAAGUUUAACAAAUCACGUUGUAAUAUUUAGUUAAAAUAGAGAAUCUAUUGUAAAACUAUUACUUUUGUAUAACAUUUAAUAUUAUUUUAAUUUAUAGUUAUACAUAUAAAAUGUGUACUUAAUAUUAGGGAUCUGAAUUUGUAUAUUUUAAGUUUUUUUAUCCAAACCUUUGUUGGUUACGUUUUUUAAUUUAUACUUUUAUAAACUAUUCUAAAUACCUAUAUUAAACUGAUGUUUAAAUAUAUAAUAUAAAUCUAACUAGAUAUUUCAUGUAAUAUGUAUGUCACAACAUAUAAAAUAUAUUGUUUCUGUUACGCGAAUAUUUUUGUUAACAUAUAACUGGGAUUAUUGUUUGUUUCUCUGUAAUUUAUACAUAUAAUGUAUUUAAAGAUGUAUACUUACCAAUUGUAAAAUAAUUAUGUUUUCUAAAUAUUUCACGCACAGUUCUAGUCAAUAUAAAUGUAAUAUUAUAGCUUAUUUGUUUUCUAACAAAAUCAUUAAAGUUAUAACAAAAAUCUAUGAACAAAAUUACAGUUAUUUGCGAUAUUUUUUAAGCUAAUAAUGCCGUGAUAUUAUAUUUAUUUAUGUUAUAAAUUAUAUUCACAAUAAUUUAUCAAUCAAGGUACUUAAUUUUAUAAAAUCACAUACAAAGCUAAGUUUUGAAUGAAUCAUUCCUGUUUAGUUAUAUAAAAGAUUAUACAAACUAUAGUUAUCACAUAUUACAUAUGUAUAAUAGUUAACUACAUAAUGAUAAAGUAAAUACAGUUAAAAUCAAGAUAAUACUUAGGUAACCGCCUUGUAGUACUUACCGACACUAAAUAAUCUGAUAGUAGGCUGUAACAUGUUGAUACAUUACAAAUAUUGCUUCUCAAAUAAUAAAGGUCUAUUUAUUUA